GGUGAAAUAAAGUAGUUAGUGAUGUAAGCAAGCACGAUCUGCUGCUCUCAUUUAUAAAAUAAAACUCCUCCAAACUGAGUUGUGUUGUGUUGUGUGUUACCAUAUCCAUAUCCUUGAGCUUCUUCAGUCUUCACACACUUGUAGGGGGCGAAUAUGCAAGGUCUACGCCACUGCUCAAACGACGUCGUCCUCCACCUUCACCUCACUACAACCACUGCCACUAUGACAAACCCUUCCCCUUCUUCUUCUUCCUCUUGCUCCUCCUUAUCCAUGGACCUUGACGAAUCCACCGAGACCCGCAUCCAACGUCUCAUAUCGGAGCACCCUGUCAUCAUCUUCACCCGAUCCUCUUGCUGCAUGUGCCACGUCAUGAAGAAGCUCCUCGCCACCAUCGGCGUUCACCCCACUGUCAUCGAAUUGGACGACCACGAGAUCGCCGCCCUCCCCUCUUCCUCCGAGGAUAACACUCCUCCCCCAGCCGCCUUCAUCGGCGGGACCUGCAUCGGCGGCUUGGAGUCCCUCGUCGCCCUCCACGUCAGCGGCCACCUCAUCCCCAAGCUCGUUGAAGUCGGUGCUCUAUGGGUAUGAUAUGAUUAAUUCAUGAGGUACAGCUAUAUAUAGCUAUUUCUACGCUAUCAAUUAUAAUUAUAACUAUCAUUAUUAUUUCCAGAUAACUAAUUGUAUAAUUAGGGUUCUCUUUCUCUCUGAAAUGAAAUCUAAAUCUGUCUUUUGGUGUUGUAAUUGAAAUUAGCAUAACAGAAUUUAGAAUCUAUUUUUCGUUGUGGUUUCUCUCUUUUGCUUGGCGAGUGAGUACUAGUGAGUCAUUAACGAGUCACCGGUGAAAUUAUGAUGACUUCGCGUGAAUGAUACUCGGAGGCAACACGUGUAUAGGAACUGCAUCUAUAUCAGUGGAUUGGCCACGGCUUCAACGAUUUAGACUCAGGUCCUUAAAUUGGGUCCCAUUGGCAAUUAUUAAGCAAUCAAGGCUAGUGUAACUUUGUCAGUAUGCUUCGGGAAUCUCUAAGCUUAUCUAUUUCUCUUC